CAUGGCCAGUCUUGAAAUCACUCCACCAUUUCCAUAGGGGUGUCUGUUACAAUCUCUAUUGCUCGGUAAACUUUGCUGCUAUGAGCUUACUCGAUCAGUUUUGGGACGACACAGUCGCCGGACCUCGGCCGGAUAAAGGCCUCGGAAAGCUGCGAAAACAUUCUACUUUUAGUUUCGGGUCAUCGGAUUCCGGCAAGGAAUUGCCGCCGGUGACGAGUACGGCGGUAGAGGAUCCUACGAUGAGAGUAACACGCAGUAUAAUGAUCGUAAAACCUGAGAGAACUCUGACCGACACGCCGCCGGCAUCUCCCGCCGGAUCUACAACUCCGGUAUCUCCUUUCCCCGAUCAGAGGCAUUCAGGUUUCGGAGGAAGUCUGCAUCGGAUGCUUUCGAGAAGGCAAGCGGGAUUGGAACCAGGAGCCCUCGUCCUCCUUACGACCUGUGAGAUGUGAUCUCAUUCAUCCACCUUCCACGGUUUUGGCUACGCAUGUGUCUCGUAGAUAGAUGCUGUGUUUCGUGUGUGUGUAGGUCAUGUAAAUAUGUGUGGUAUGGUGUUUCAUCUGAUCUCGGUUGUUUUAGGAUCGUCUUGCUCGAGCUUUUGUAGCAUCUAGAGUUUACGUUUACUUUUAUAAGAAGAAAAGCCUUGCAUCGUGUGUUUGAA